UAAAAAAUAGCAUCUUUCUUGGCGCGAUGAUAACAAAAUGAAAUCCAUUUUAACCGAGGACUUUUCCGAUAUGAAGAAAAACUUUCCCUACAAAUUGGACGGUUAUGACAAACAAGGGCGACCACUUUUGAUCAUGGACUUUGGCGAUUGGGAUUUGGACGGGGCUGCGGAACGUGGCGAGAUUGACCGCGUGCUCCGCUACUAUGACCGCAUGUUGGAAGAAGCUGAACAAAAAGUGCUCGAUUUGCAACAUCAAGGCAAAAUAUUACACAAUUCACCUGGCUCAUGAACCAAGAUAACAAAGCUACCGUCAGUUUUGCAGCUGCCCGGUGUUACUGGCAUGCCCCCAGUGUUUAUGAAAAACAUCAUCCCGGCUCCAGUGCGAAAACAAUGUUCAUAAACUCUCCGUCUCUCUUUUCCCCGGUCAUGUCUGCCAUGCGGCCCUUGAUGUCACAGGACACGAACGAGAUUAUGGACAACUACGGGGAUGAGAACGAGUGGAAACCCCUCCUCUUGGAUUGGGUCGACCCAGAACAACUGCCCCCUUCCUACGGGGGAACGAAGGGAGUUAAAGGCGGGAAGGGCAAAAUUCUCGUGGGCACGUUUCAUGGAGACGCGAAUAAACCGAGGUCUUGGUCCUGGCCCAAAGCUUUCGGAUUUAGACAUUGAUCCGAUUUCUGGCCUGGACUACCAACGAAAAAUAUUGUUUUUCGAAAAAAUGUUUUUCAAAAUGUUGCUUCUUGCCUGGAAUACUUAUUAACGGAAAAAUACUGAUUUUUGAAAAAAAAUAUUUCUUUUAAAAUAUUGAUUAGUGCUUUAAAUUCUUAUUACUCGAAAACUUAUUUUAUCCCGGUUAAAAAAUAUUUCUAUUAAAGAUAUUGCUUCUUCUGCCUUAAAUACUUAUUAAUUGAGAAAUAUUGCUUUUAAAAAUAUUGAUCAUCUGUUAUACUUAAUAUGAAUUGGUAAAAUAAAAUUUUGAAAAUGUAAAAUUUUGACUUCCCCUGUAUUCUUUACGAGUUACCAUUUUCAUAUUUGCCUUGGACGUUGUAUUUGUGGCCUAAAUAUCUACUUCCUUGCCGAGAUUUGUUUGCACACCAUUUUAAGGAAUUUUUUCUUUUCGUUUUUUUUGCUCAAUUCGAACUCGUCGCGGAUACCUCGGUGGCAAAGUUUUCUCAGAAUUCCGACAAAGGCUGCGUGAUAGAUAAGAGCGUUCCUUGUAUUU